AUGGAGUCGCUUUUGAUAAACCUCAAGGAACAAGUUACUUGUUCGAUUUGCCUCGAUACCUACUCCGAGCCCAAAACUAUAUCAUGUCUUCACACGUUUUGCUGUGAAUGUUUGGAGAAACAUGCAAGAGUGAGCCAGAAACAGGGAAAAUUCAGAUGCCCCGAGUGUCAGGCAGCGAUCGAUUUACCAGAAGGAAAUCGCUUCGACCGUUUGCCUAACAGCUUUUUCCAUAAAAGUUUGCUGAGUCUUCUCGCUGUUCGACAAAGUGGCGAGGCAAGUAGCAUUACUUGUUAUCAAUGCAGCGCAACCAACCCUCAGAUGUACUACUGCUUCGAUUGCGGACGAUUCAUGUGCCCUGAAUGUUUCAACGCACAUGAAUUGCUGAAGAAGUCUUUUCAAGGACACAAAGUCACGCCAGUUCAAGACUUCAAAACAGAAGAUUACGAAGCAUUGUUGAGGCGACAACCGUUUUGUUCUCAACAAUUCCACGAGAGAGAAAUUACACGGUUUUUUUGUUCGCAGUGUCAAGUUUGCAUUUGUCAAAUUUGCAUAGUCACGGAUCAUCAAAACCACAAAGUUGUUCUUCUCGACAAAGCAGCACACGAGGAAAAGGAUAACAUCAUUUCGGGCGCUAAAUUGAUCAAGAAAAUGGAAAGCGAGCUCCAGGAAGUCACUAAGCAGUUUGAAGAAACCAUUUCUAAGCUGGAAAGCAAUAUGGAAACGGCUAAGCGAGGCGUCGAGCAAACAGCUGAAAAAAUGAUCGCAAAUAUUCGAGAGCGCGAGCGAGAGGCGUUAGAAUCCCUCGAGGCAACACGCGUGUCGAGACUCUAUAAAAUUAACUUGGCCAAACAGGAAGUGGAAUCCUUAGUAAAACAAAUGAACCAAGCAGCUCAGUUUGCGGAAAACCUGGUGCAGAGAACCUCAAGCUCGGAUAUUAUGCAGAACAAAGAAACUUUAAAGACCAAAUUUGAAGAGCUUCUGCGAGUUGCAGUUCCAAAACAUCAGCAGACGACAUUCAUCAAAUUCACUGCGACAUCUCAAAAGAACUUAAAACUGGGUUUUAUUGAAGUCACCGAAAGCACCGCAAAGGCAGCUAAAUCAACUUUAGAAGGACUGAAUCAAACUUUCCAGGCUGGUUUAGAAGCAGAGUUUACGUUGUGUCCAAAGACAUCUGGAGGGGAGAUAAGUAACCAGCCUGAUCUAAAAAAUCAAAGAUGCUACAGACUUGAUUGUUGAAGAAAAAGAAGACGGCAAUCUUAGACUGAAGUUUAUUCCCAAAGUACCUGGCGCCUAUAGCAUUGAGGUGAAGAUUAAUGGCGAUAAACUACCGACCUGUCCCAUGACUAUGCUGGUAAAAGAACGUGAACUUGUUGUGGUCAGGGAGUUGAAGUUGAAGUUUUUUCCAAGGGACACGCUUAAAGGGUUGUAUGGAAUUGCUGUGAAUACAGAAGGCCAGAUAGUUGUGACAGAUAACGUUGGCCACUGUGUUUAUGUAUUUGAUAAAGAUGGCAACUGUAUGAGAAAAAUUGGAGGACAAUUUCAGUUCCCUAAUGGCAUUUCGUUUUUAAAUGACAACGAAGUCCUAAUUGCAGACUCGGGCAAUUGCAGAAUACAUCGACUUAACAUUCAUACAGGAACUGUUGUGAAAAGUUUUGGAAAAGAAGGCAGACAAAAAGGAGAGUUUGAGGUGCCAAAAGACGUUACUGUGGAUGAUGAAGAGCGCAUUGUUGUAACCGAGUGGGGCAAUAAUAGGAUACAGGUGAUGUCAAAGGAGGGAGAAUCUGUUUUCACAUUUGGAGACAGAGGCCCAGAGAAACUUGGCCAUCCAACCUGCUGCAUUCCUUACAAAAAGAUGUUUCUCGUAACUGAUGCAGGCAACCACUGCAUAAAAGCUUUUGAUCAGUCAGGAACAUUCUUAUACAAGUUCAGCAGAGAAGGGUAUCAAGAUGGAAAAUUUAAAUGGCCGCAUGGUUUUCUUGUAGACAGCCCUAAUAAUCUUCUAGUAUGUGACUCUGGCAAUAACCGAGUUCAACAGUUUUCUUUAGACGGUCGCUUCGCCGGCAAAAGUAUCACUCCUUUAUCUACGCCUGUGGCGAUAACAAAAGCACCAGACGGGCGUAUUCUUGUUACUAGCAAUGAUAAGGAAAAAGUGUACAUUUUGAGAUAG